UUGACAGUUGAGCUGCGGGUGGUGCUGCUGAGGAGGGACCUGAGUCCUUACCAGGGACCUGUAGAUGUCUUUAUCUUGGACACUGAGGGCUACGUGUUGCGUCGCUGGAUCUCUCGCUUUCCCAAUAUAGGUGUAGUGGAACUGAAGUUAAGGACCCCAGCAUUGCCCAAACCAGGGUGGUGGAGGGUGAAGGUGGUCGCUAGUGGACAGGUCGACUACCAUCCCUUCCUUGUCACCAAGUACUUCACUAGCAGGUUCGAGGUGAUGGUGGAGAUGCCAUUCUUCACCCUGAGGAGCGAGGGCGCCGUGUCAGGCAAGUUCACCAGUCGGUUCCUCACCUAUAAGCCUGUCUUCGGGAAGGCAAACGUUACCGUCUUUGUCAAGGACCACUGGCAACUCCCUGACACCUAUUUCAAGCAGGUCCUCACAGACUCCGUGCCCUUCAUUACUGGAUGGCAGGACUUCAGGUACCCACUGGAAAGGCUGGUGGGCAACUCGACCUCUGACUUGCUGCACGCUGAGGUCAAAGUGGAGGUCAGCGUCAAGAAUAUCUUCUUUGAGGACACCUUCGUUGGCUACGCCAAGACGAGGAUAACUGCGCCGGAGGUGAAGGUUGAGUUGGUGGGGUCCUCACCAGUGGUGUUCAAGCCUGGGAUGUCCUUCUCGACAGCUGUAAGUGUGAGCUACGAGGACCAGGAGCCACUGACACGAGCUAGACUCAGUCAGUCUACUCUCAUUGUGGCAGCCAGCGUCAGACUGACCACUGGCACCACCACUACACUCCCUCAGAUCGUGGUGGGGCCACAAGAGGAGUUGGGGCUCAAGGAGCGACUUCAGGAACAGUGGUUCAGUACCAACUUGACCAGAGGCGACAUGAUUCCUCUCCUCCAGACAUUCACUCACCAGUCUGCCUUCGCCAGAUACAGGAAGGACGGCAUCCUGCAGUUCACGUUGGACAUUCCUGAGGGAGCAGAAGAGCUGGAGGUGACGGCAACGUACAGGGACUCUGUCAGUACAUCGUCGGCCAAGGUAAGGGGAGUGCCGGUCCACUCACCCAAGGGCCGCUACCUUCACCUCACCACCAGUACUGACACCGCCACUGUUGGAGAAUUCGCUAUUUUUCAAGUCAGGGCCAAUUUCCGUAUGGACAAGUUCCAGUAUAUGGUGAUGGCUAAGGGUGUGUUAGUGCACUCAUCCACGGAGGAGGUUUGGUGGGCGGGGACUGAGGGUGUCACCACCUUGAGUGUAGCAGUGUCCAGGGAGAUGGCUCCUCGCUUUACACUUAUCGUCCUCCAUGUGGCCCCAGAUGCUGAGGUCCUCGUCGACACUAUUCACGUCUCUGUCAGUCUUCAGCACUCCAUGAAGGUGGAGGUAGUGCUGAAUCAACAUAAGGACCACUCCAAGAGGACGGUGGAGGCGACGAUGUGGGCGCCCCCAGGCUCCCUGAUAGCUCUCUCCUGCGCCCGUACGCCCACUUGGCGCAAGCAGCAGCACAAUCGCAUUACCCACACCCGCCUUCUGAAGGCGGCGCUACAUAUGGAACCCCACCCGAGGUCAGUACACACUGUAACCAGGGCGUCACGAAGCGGUGCCUGGACGGAGCACCUGGCUGCUCUCUCCGCCCAUAACACCGGCUGGUGGAGCCUGGCAUCCCUACACCUGGCUGGCCUCACAGUCCUCACCGACGCGAUCCUCUUAGCCCCGCCCAAUACAGGAGAGUGUGAUCACCAGCUGGGCUUCCUUGAGUGCGGGGAUGGCUCUUGUUACCGUCAGUCUGAGGUGUGUGACGGACGCAUCCAGUGUGCCAACGCUGCUGACGAACUACACUGUUUGUCAGUGUCUCGAGAUCAGGAGCAAACAAAUGACGAGGUCUUCAGUACAAAUGAAUUGAUGGAGGUGGAGUACAGACUGAAACAGAGGAGCUGGUGGAGGGACCUCUUCGACCAGCAGGAAGGCAGCUGGUGCCUCAUCAAUCGACACUUCGGUCACAGGGAGUUUGAACAGGUGGAGCUAUCUGUACCUAACUCGCCGGGGCAAUGGGUGGUAGAGGGGUUCGCUACCCACCUUCAGCAUGGUUUUCAUAUCCUGCCGGAGCGAGAGUACGACACUACACCUCCUCUCCUCAUGCGCCUUCAGGCUACCUCCGUCUGUCGCAGGGGAGAACAGAUUUCGGUGCGUGUUCAUCUGUAUAAUGGGUCGAAGCAGACGGUUCUGGUGAUGCUGGUGCUACAGGGAAGUAAAGACUACAGCUUCGUCCAUGUAGAGAAAGAUGCUACCGUGAACCACUAUAACCCAAGAUUAUCGUCAGGCGACCACCACCACCUCAUCUCAGUGCAGGGCGAGGGAUUCACGGAAGUGAUGUUGCCUUUGGCCGUCACUAAACAAUCUGGCUCCUUCACCGUCACCGUCCACGCACGCUCACAGGCCGCCUCAGACACAAGAACAGUUAACGUUAGAAUUCAGCCUGAGGGCACCGAGGUGCGGAAACACACGUCGGUGCUGCUGGACCUGAAGAACCGAGCCACCGUGUACGAGUUCCUCGACCUGCCUGUGGACGAGAGUCCUGAGAUUACUAGGAGCAUCCAGAGGCGCUAUGUGUAUGGCUCACCCCGGGCCAGCCUGACACUCUCAGGUGAUGUGUUCGGUCCCACUCAGAAGAACAUAGUGGUGAACUUCGAGAAGGCCUUCAGUGGAAGGAUCCUGAAGAGCACUGAUGGGCUGGCCUUCAACCUGGGCACCACCGUCUGGACGCUACAUUAUUUCCGUCUCACCAACCAACUCGACAUAACCAAGGCCAAGGGCGCCUUUGACUUCAUGAACGUUCAGCUGGCUGGCCUCCUCACGCGCUAUAGGAAAGGAGCCUUCAAAAUGUGGCAUUUCUCCGAGCCAUCUGUCUGGGUGACAGCAUGGGUAGUGAACGUACUGCUGGCAGCGCAGCUUCAAGACUGGGAGAACCUGGUGUACAUAGAGCCUCGUCUGAUUAACAGAGCUAUUGCCUUUCUGAUUGAUCACCAGGCCGAAGAUGGCAGCUUUCACGAGACGUCUCACUACAACAUCACACUUGAUUAUAAGAUGAGCUUUAAGGGUUGGUCAGCGGGCGAGGGAGAAGAGGCAGCAAUGGUGGCAAUGACAGCUCUCGUAACAACGGUGCUGCAGGAAGCAAUACCGACACUAGAGGGACAAGUCCAUGCCAGAGCACUCACCGCCAAACAACGCGCCACCAGGUUCCUGGAGCGGCAGCUGGACCAGCUGUGGGAUCCCUAUGAAGUAGCCAUAACCACCUACGCUCUUACACUCGUGGGCAGCACGGAGAAGGAGGUCGCUUUCAAGAUGCUGGAGGCUCACGCCAGGACUUCAGAUAAUAGAAUGCACUGGUCACGUGAGGCUAUCGUGAGCAACGUGCGGUUGAGAGAGAACAACCAGAGGUCCUUCGUGAUGCCGAAGGAGCCUCAGGAGUGGGACUCUUCAGCGGUGGAAGCCACUAGCUACGCCUUGUUGGUGUACCUCAUCCAGGAAGGUGUGACGCCCCGUGCAGAAGCCAUCAUGCGCUGGCUCAACUCCGUCAGGGACUGGACAUAUGCCUUCUCCUCUACUGUGGAUACAGUGGUGGCCAUGCGGGCCUUGGCAGAGUACAGCUACAGAGCCAGGUUAAGGGACCUGACCAACCUUAAAGUGGAUCUAGAAGCUACUGCCAACCCUGGUGUCAUGCAUACCUUCUCCAUUACCAACCUUUCCGUCUCUUCCUUCCAUGCCAUGGAGGUUCCGCGCCCGUGGGGCCACGUAUAUCUUGUGGCCAAAGGGUCAGGUCAAGCAGUGGCGCAGAUGGAGGUCAGCUGGGGUGUUGACCUCGAGCGCUUCCUAAAGAAACCAGCAAGAAAGUACUUCGACCUCAGCGUCAGCGAGACUUAUCACUUCCGUAACAAGACACUUAUAAACACCCAAGUGUGUGCCAGGUGGGCGGCAGUGGAUGUGUCGAGGACGAGCCAUGCAGCCCUGCUGGAGGUGGAGGUGGCCACGGGUUACGACCUGUACCAGCCUCAUGCAAAUAAGUUCGUUAGGGAGGCGCAGGCAGCUGACUUUCCUCAGCUCAUGGAUGCCAAGACUGACCCUUCCAGGAUAUUCUGGCAAUUUAACCAUAUUGAGAGUGAGAGGUUCCGUUGCUUUAGUUACCAGCUAGUACGACACUUCCCUGCAGCCAACCUUACAGCUACCCGUUCAGCUACCAUUAUGGAACUCUUCGCCCCAGAGCACUUCGAGACCACCAUGAUCAACUCGACAUCGCUAGCUGCUCUGGACAUCUGCGAAGUGUGCGGCUCUUAUCAAUGCCCUUACUGCCCGUACUAUAGCGGCACUGCUGACCUCCCGCUCCUGGACACAAGAUUCGCAGCUCUAUCAUUCAUUCUCGCGAUUUUAGGGUCCGAAAUAUUAAACAUGGUAGCUUAGGAAAUAUUAUAUUGCUUACUGUUAUUAGAUUAUUAGUGCAUAUUUGUAUAAAAAUGUUAUGUAGUUGAAUUAGUGCAAAAAAUAAACUGCAUAUAUUAUGUAUGUAAUCAGAAACUUUAGGUAUCCCCACCUAGUUUAAUUAGGCAUCCCGGGAAUGGGUUUUACCUACUUUUGUUUUCCAUUACUUGGCUUUCAUGCAAUAACAUGAGUAUACUUAGAAAGAAAAUAUGGACGUGGUGUUUGCUUUGAAGCACAUAAGUGAGCAGUACUUAGAUAAGGAAAAAUAUGCCGUUUGUUGCACUUAUGAAUUUUAGAAAAGGCAUGUGACAAAAUGCAGAGAGAUGUGGCUACUACUUGAAAUAUGAUGAACAUUGUAAGAGCUAUGAUCUUAAUACAUUAUGAAGUCAGUUUAAAGUGAGAGUUCUCAUAGCUGUUAUUUUACAGAUUAUACAGUGCUAGUAAGAGGUUCAGAAGUUGGAAACGUUGUUCGAAUUUGGAAGGUGGUGUUGAAACAAAAUAUUAAAAGAAUACAGAAAAGACUAUGUAAUAAAGACAGAAGUAUAAGAACGCCUGAUUAAAGGGCACUGCAAGGAACAUGAAAAUUUAAAAUAUCUAAAGACUUAGAAAUGGGGAUAUCAGCAAAUGUGUAUAUGAAGGAUAUUAGUAUAUUCAUGGGAAACCUCUAAACACAAGGAGUCAUACAGCACUUGGGGAAUGGGAAGUACAUGUAUUCAGGUUUGAUCAAAAGGAAGAGAAAUUCUCCAAAACCACAGAAUAAAUGAAAUCGAAAGUAACAAAAGUUUAGAGCAAUGUAGAAAAGAAAUUGUCAAUGGAUCAAAAUGUGUGAGUUGAGUGGUGAGGGCAUUUGUAUGUUGGUGACUCACAUUGUUUGAAUGUUUCAACAAGUAGAAUGCUGAAGGAAGGGCAGAUAUCAUGUGCACGUUCUAGUUGUGUCAUGACUUGCAUACACACAAUAGAGAUAGAAGAGAUUGACGUUGACAGGGACACAUUUGCACACUUUGCUCUUAAGUAGAGUUUUAUCAAGUCAUGGCUUAAAAAAAAAAACUGCUUAGAGUGAAAAAUUGUACCAAUGAGGGUUUGUUCUGCAUACUUCUGCCUUUGUCUACAAAGUUGUUGGUGUUAUGUCCUUUAAAUUCAAAUUUGAAAACGAUACGGUGGUGUGAAGAUAUAGAUGAGAGGGUGAGAACCUAAUAUAUAAUAUUGCUUAUGCGUCUUGAACCAUGCUGAGAUUGAUUGAUCUUUCAUGGUUGGUGAAUUGCUUUGAUGCCUGUGAAGGGGUCUUGAUCCAAGGAAUUGGAAUUGCACUCAUUUUCCCUGGAUCAAACCUAAUUACCUCCCAUUCCUCAGGUACUGUUAGACCUCUACAGGACUAACGCUUUCCUAUGAAAUGACUUCAGUGUGUACGAAGACUGAAGAAAAUUAAUAGUAAAUGUUAAAAACUUUUUUAGAAAUAAAUGUUUAUAUACACUCAAACACUUGGCUACGUACUGACGUGUGUAUAUUGUAACUUCAAACAUUUUAAAUGUUUACGCAGUAUAAAUUUGCAAUAUAAGUUUGCUUAAUUUUCUGUGAGCUCUGUCACGUAGCAUGAUAAUAUUUUUUCAUUAUUUAGUAUUUUUUUAUUGAAAAUUGAAUUUGAUUAUACGUAAAACCAGAGGGGAAUCAAACCCGAGGCUACGCGUGUGCAAAGGUAGCUCAGUGGUGCUUAUGAGAGAGGAACCUUCAGUGUCAAUAUAGAAUUGAAUUGUUUUUUAAUAUAUUAUUGUAAGUAAAUUAGCGUAAAACAGGACGUGAAUCGAACCCCAGGCUUUGUGUGUGUUUGUGUGUAUGUGUGUGUGUGCGUGAGAGAGAGAAAGCUUGCACUUUAGCAUUACACUGGGAUGGUUAUACUGGCCAAGCAGUGUGGUUUAUUUCUGUUGAGGGCCUUCGUUCCUCUCUCGUAUGACGCUAUCAACAACACUUCCUCUUAUGAUUCGUGAAAUCGUACUAACAUGAUUGCAGACAAAUCUGUGUUUUAGUUCCUGUUAUCUUGUUCCUGCUAGGUGAACAAGGGCAGCAGAUGUAAUUUGUGCCCAUUCAUCUUGCCUCACCUAGGAAAUGAAUCUUGGUGAAUUGAGCAGGUGUGAGCUGAAUGCUCUACCAUUGAGCUACGAGUAACCCUGUGUACCAACGAGGGCAUUCAUAAUGUCAUGGAAAUAAAAUAAUUAAGAAAGUGUAAAAGUUAAAUUAUUACAAUAGAUGUUGCUACUUAACUAGAAGAAAAAUGUUAACUGUGUUUAACAUCACAGUAAUGUCGCAAGUGAGGUCCAUCAAGGAUCAGCUAUUAUCCUGAGGAUUGUUGCUUUAUCUCUUAUCUACCUAACUGAACAUUUGAAUGUGUUUGUGGCUUAUGGAAAACUCUUACAUAAAGUAC